CGCUCCUCUGGGCCAACCGGAGCGUGGCGGGAUGGCGGGGUUUGUUGCCAUGGUGCCCCAGGCCCGGUCCGGUCCGUCAGCGUUGUGUCCCGCAGGGAGAAGAAGUGGGUGACGGUGGGCGACACGUCUCUGCGGAUAUUCAAGUGGGUGCCAGUGGCGGACAGUAAGGAGAAAGAGAAAUCCAAAUCGAGUAGCAGCACGGCCCGAGAAGCCAAUGGCUUCCCAGCUGACACCUCUGCCAACUCCUCCCUCCUUCUGGAGUUCCAAGGUGCUGUUUCUGCAGAUGAGAACAGCAACCAGAGCUCCCUGUCUGAUGUAUACCAGCUCAAGGUGGACAGCAGUCCCAACUCCAGCCCCAGUCCUCAACAGAGCGAGUCCAUGAGUCCUGCCCACACGUCUGACUUCCGCACAGAUGACUCACAGCCUCCUACCCUGGGGCAGGAGACUCUGGAAGAGCCCUCCCUGCCUUCCUCAGAAGUGGCAGAUGAGCCUCCCACUCUCACAAAGGAAGAGCCAGUCCCCCUUGAGACUCAGGUAACUGAAGAGGAUGAGGACUCUGGUGCGCCGCCUCUGAAGAGAUUUUGUGCUGACCAGAACUCUGUGUGCCACACAGCCUCAGAGAGCUAACCUGCCUGGCCCGGCACCUUCGUCAGCCCCUUGCAGAGCCACCUGGCCCCCCAGGACCAGUGCUUCCCUCCAGCCUGCCCCUUCCCCAGUGUCGGGGCUCCCACCACUCACAUCAAGUGCGCCCUGCCCUGCCAUAUCCUGCCCUGCCCGAUGGAUGGGGCUGCUGCCAGUACCUGCAAAUUUGCCUCUAUUUAUUGGCUCCCUCUCUCCCUGCUCCCUGCCCUAGAGCUGGGGCUCUCUGCUGGGUGGGCUGCAUGUCGGGGGGGGGGUUCUCCAUGGGGCUCCUUGCUCUCCAUGGUCCCCAGGACACUUGGCAGAUGCUGUUUGCCUGCUUGUGGCUCCCCUGCCCACCCUUCCCCUGGGUGCUGGGAACAGGAGAGGCACCUUCCACCUGCUCUGGGUGAUGUGUUCACUCGGUUGUGGGAGCAGGUGAUGAUGGGUGUGGGGGGCAGUGAGGGAGCGGCUGGCAGGGACCCACUGGGACGCUGUGCAAUAAGCUGCUAGUUUAAGCCAUUCAUGCUGGGAGAGAGGGGAGCGCUUUCCCCUCCCAGAGGGCAGGUCCUGACCGGCCUCGGCUCUGCCUCGGGGCACAACUCCAGCCGAGUGGAAUUUGCAGUCCUCCGGGAGCCUGCAGAGCAGGAGGAGCCGCUGCCCUAUGCUGGAGGGCCUUGCCCCGGCCUAGGUACCCGCUAUCUCCGAGGUGGGAAAGGAAGCAGCAGGGUGCUGGAGCUCCCGGGAAGCGCUCCCGCCCUGGGGCUCUGCCGCCCCCCAAUACCCGCUGCCCCCCUAGCCCCAACUCUCCCCCCGCUGCCACUGCAUGUCCCGCCGAGUCCGUGAUCGAGCCUGGUGAAGCUGGAGGCGCGGCCGCGCGUGGAAGUGGAAAGUUAUUUUAGCACUGAAUAGAAUAUUUUUAAAAUUAAACUUUGAAAUACAGAUGCAGAGCACGAUGUCGGCCGAGUGGGGAGGGACCGCGUGGGAAGAGAAAGGAAGUUUCUUCCAAACGGAGCCCUGUGCCGGCACUCGCCGCCUGCGGCGCCCACAGAGCCGGCCCGGAGCCCGAUUCCCCGGGAAGUUCGGUCAGCGCCCGGUCCCCGUUCUCCACACUUUCCUCCCUGCCGGUCGCCGGCGCUGUCUGGAGCGGCGGGGGACGGCCCCGAGACGAGGCGGCAGCGGCGCCCGGCGGGGCCGACCAGGGGCGGGUGGGGAGGGAAGAGGAGCCCGAGACGGCCCCUCAGCCCUGCGCAGCGGCUCCGACCGUGGCCCCGGCUCGGGGCUUUGCCCGCUCCGCAGCCGCCCCCGCCCACCCCAGAGACUCUGCCCGCGGGGCGGGGCUCUUCGCCCUCAGGUACCGGGGGGCCGGGAAAAAUCGGCCGUGACUUCCGGAGGCGGGGAUGUGCUUUCGACGUGACUUCAGAGUAGUGCCAGAGCGCCCAAGCAAUUCCCAUCGUUACGCCGCGGCUUCCGCACCAAGCCCGCUCAGACCUGACUGCCCUUGUAAUAAAUUAUUUUAAUUUUCACUUUCA